UUUUACCUUUCCAUAACUUUUUAACCCUUUAGGUUAAACAAACGAAAUAAAAUGUGGUACAAACAGGUACAAACGAGAUACAAACUUAUGACAUAAACAUUUAAAACAUUUUUUAAAGUUAGGCGCUAAGUUCACAUCGGUGUACUUGGCGGGAUUGGCGUGCGACGGUAACGAGAAGAGUUCCUGCGACGAGAAGACAAGCACACACAAGGACAGCUCCAUCCAUCACACAUCCUCCGUGAACAGCCAGGACAUCGACGCGAACAUUAAUCUGGAGUCAAUGUCGAAGGACGAAGUCGACUCGUACGCAAAGACCGAUCUAUCGACGGAACCGAUGGAAAACAGUUCGUUGGACAGGGAAGAGAAACUGAACGCUUCGAUCGGCUGGGAUCGUGCAGGUGCAGGUAAGAGUGCCACGAGUGGCGGGAGGUUUUGCGGCACGAAGGACGCAAGCAACAGCGACGGGAGUGUCUUCUCCGAAACUGAGAAUGACGCGAGAACCACGUACUGCCUGACGUAUAAGGCCGGUAAGCCCGGUAAGCGAUCGGAUAUUUCCCGUCAAACGUACUCUUGGAGAAAUCCAUCAAUCGUGAGCUUGUAAUAUUGGAUAAGUCAAGUUUGUGGCUUUGGAUUUCCUCGACGGCAAGAAGUCGGCAAGAAGUCAGACGGAAGGGUCUUCUACGAGAGAAACAUGACACUUAAAAUUACUGAUUCUUGAGAUUUCGGACGUUUAGUUUUAUUUUCAGUUACUUUCAGAUAUCUUUCGAGUCGUCGAUCUUUAAUGGAAAAUCAUACAUUUUUAGAAUCAUGGAUUUAAAAAUUAUA